AUGUCGGUCGACCUCUCAGCGCCAAGACAUGAUUUCUCCCGAUGCGGUUGUUUGCAGGACAUGGAGUUUCCCUGUCGCAUGCGUGUUUCUCCGCGUUCGAAGACCGCAACAAGGCGGCGUAGUCGCUGGUCCAGGUCGUUUUGGGAUGGAAAGAAGCUCUCAACGGCCAAAUGCGUUGAAUCGGAAUGCAGAAGUGGACGAAUCGAGCAAUGGCAGCGUGUCAUUGGUCUGCCCUCAGAUGUUGGAGAGGGGGAGAGCGUGCGCGACCCCUGGUCGGGAUUUCGGGGCGUCGAACCGGCGGCGGAGUACCGACAGACAGGGACCAGCCAGACUACGCAGGAGAUAGAGAGGGCGGGGGAUGGGAGGGAAAAGAACUUUUGGCUUGGCGUUCUAAUGUUACGUGCCUUGACGCAGUAA